AGGGAGUAAGGUGGUACUACAACUUAGACAUCAGCUUUGGGGUGGAGGUGGGGGGGGGGUCACAUAAAGGCCGACCCUAAAUAGCUCGUCUCCCUUAGUUUAGUUCUGGAGUAGAGCCCCUGUGCAGGAGCCCACUGAGCCCCUCCCUGUGAUGGGGGGGGGGGGUGAAGUCACUGUUUCAGGUCUUUCCUGCUCUCAUGGCCCUCCAUGUGACCAGCAAUUGUAGGCCAGAGGUGUUGGAGGUGGAGUGAAACAGGACCAGCCCCUAAGCCUGGUCAGCCCUGAUCAAGUGCUGUGGCAGUCAUGGCGCUCACCUGGAGGCAGCCUCGCCCUCGGCCCCUGCUUCUCCUGGUACUUAUGUGGCUCCCACAAAGCCUGAGUCUAGACCUGAUUCCCUACACACCGCAGAUAACAGGCUGGGACCUGAGAGGGAAGGUCACAGCCACUACGUUCUCUCUGGAGCAGCCUCGGUGCGUCUUUGAUAAGCAUGUCUCAACUAAUGACACCAUCUGGCUAGUGGUGGCUUUCAGCAAUGCCUCCAGGGACUUUCAGAACCCACAGACUGCUGCUAAGAUCCCGACCUUCCCACAGCUGCUGACUGACGGCCACUAUAUGACAUUACCCCUGUCCCUGGAUCAGCUGCCGUGUGAGGACCUGGCCCGUGGAAGUGGAGGUGUCCCCGUGCUCCGGGUGGGCAAUGACUUCGGCUGUUACCAGCGACCCUAUUGCAAUGCUCCCCUCCCCAGCCAGGGCCCUUACAGUGUGAAGUUUCUUGUGAUGGAUGCUGGCGGCCCACCCAAGGCUGAGACGAAGUGGUCCAAUCCCAUUUAUCUCCACCAAGGAAAGAACCCCAACUCCAUUGACACAUGGCCCGGCCGUCGGAGCGGCUGUAUGAUCGUCAUCACUUCUGUCCUUUCUGCCCUGUCCGGCCUCUUGCUCCUGGCUUUCCUGGCAGCCUCCACUACACGUUUCUCCAGCCUGUGGUGGCCUGCGGAAACCCCUGAGCAGCUGCGGAUUGGCUCCUUCAUGGGAAAACGUUACAUGACUCACCAUAUUCCCCCCAGCGAGGCUGCCACACUGCCGGUGGGCUGUGAGCCUGGCCUGGGCCCUCUUCCCAGUCUCAGCCCGUAGCCUGGUCUCUGCAGCUUGGGCCUGGGGUGGGGGCAGACAGCAGGUACAAAGGUUCUGUGGGGUGGGGGAUGGGGUGGGGCCGUGCGUCUGCACAGACCCUUCUGUCUGCCGGGUUGCUUUAUCUUCUGCUUCUGGUUCAUAUCCCUUACUCUGUAAAUGCUUUUGUAGAUGGUCAAGGUCAGCUCAGGUUUACUUAACCUCCUUCACGUGAGGCUAGAGAAGGUGGCCAGUUCAUCCCCUACCUUAGCCAGACGUCAGCGAACCCAGGAGGAGACAGGUAACACAGGCUGUGGUUCCUACACUUAGGAGGUGGAGGUAGGAGGGUCAUAUGCUCCAGGCUAGUCCAGGCUUACUAGCGGGAGUCUGUCUCAAACAAAACAAAGCAAACCAUAACAAAGCACCCAACCCCAGGAGGUGGCCUUGCUGGGCAGUUAGUAGAUUGGGCUCGGCCCAUCAUGAGGCUCAGACCAUCUUCCAUCCUACCCAACAACCAGGGGUGGGCUGCAGUCAUGGAAAUACCACUACUGUCCUCUCGCUCUUUCUGAGGAUGGGUCACAGUGCACUGGUUAGGGAGUGUAACUGGCUGUUAACAUCAGCUCAGCUACCUAUCCCAGUCCCUGUGCACACAGAGAGAUGGUUCUGCACGCUUCUCUGCUCACUACGGAUCACUUAUUGCACAUCUGCCUUUAUGUACCACAUACAGUGUUAGACACCGUCUCGGGCAAAGCUGGUUGCGACUUUGGAGGACUCUACCUUGCUUUGAAUCUCAGACUGACACCUGUCCAGUUGUGGGAUCUAUUGCUGUUGGCGAGACGCCAUGCCCUCAAAUUAUCCUUAGGGUCACUCUCUCCCAAUUACCCUAGUGGAUCUUUGAGAGCCACUCACUGUACACUC